AGGAUUUUACCAAUUCACAUCAGCAUUGGACAUUGUUGUCACGACUCACAUCGAGGAAAUUCCUUCGCCUACAGGCAUCUCAAAUUUCACAUUCUCCUCAUCCUUUCUUUGAUAAACACGGACUCCGAAAUCAUCCUAAUAUCUUCUGUGCGGUUCUUUCUUCCCGUCAGCUGUGCGCAAUGGACGACGAUCUCAUAGAUUUCCUUGAAGCACCUGAGAUGGAUCAGCCCACAGGUUGUUGCCCCUGGCAGGGCUGUGUGCACAGCCCUGUCAAACUCAUCCCAGAGGUCGCAGUCAGAUUUCCAAGUGCCGACAGCUCCUCGGCCAAAGAAGAGACCGAACAGAAGACCCCGUUGUUGUCUGAUGUGCAAGCGAACAAUACCACCAGCUCUGCUGGAAUUCAGAUCGCUCCAGCUGUUGUUCCAAAGAAAGUCGAGAAGCCAGAAGUCGCCACAGUGAAGAGCAAUGCAACGGUGUGCGCGUCCCACGCGUCCCUCAAGCAUUGGCUGUGGGAAUUUGUCAAAGAAGGAGAUCUUCGUUGCCACUCCUGUAAGAAGACACAAAAGGAUUUCAUCUUCAAAUGUCCCAGAUGCAUGUUCAAAAUGUGUUUUGGCUGUCGGGCCAAGCGCGGUUGGACCUCUCGAGGGGCUAAGUAAGUAUACUGAUGUCUUUCCAUCGUUGCUAUUCUAACAUCCUGCAGGGAGAUGCGCCGUCAACUUAAGAACGCCCAGAAUUAACUUCACGAUGCGGCUCAUUGAGUAACCGAGGCUGGGGCGUGAGCGUUGAGGCUGGAGCAUGACAGCAUGGAUUGUGAGAUGGAGAAGAGAGUUGAAGAGGCCAGAGACAAUGGGCUGGCUAGUUCGUGCGAGUUGGCCAGCCGCAUCAGAUUCCUGAAAUUGAGGUUGAGGUUAUUUUUCAGUUGUUUCGCUGCUUGCAUUUGGAUUCUUAACGGAGGUGGUAAGGGGUGAUCACAGAAAGACUUGGAGUUUUCUAGUCUCCUGCCAAGUCUCAAGUUGAACAAUACAACAAUCAACCCUUAGUGCAAUCUCUAAACUAGGAUUA